AUGGUCGUCCAUAACGUUCGGUCAACCGAGGAGUUCAAGCAGACACUCAAAGACAAUGAAGUAGUCGUCGUCGACUUCUUCGCCACAUGGUGCGCCCCGUGCAAGACCAUUGCACCGGUGUUUGCUCACUCAUCCCAGCUCGACAAGUUCCAGAACAUCAAGUUCAUCAAAGUCGAUGUCGACGAAAUGAGCGACCUGACACAAGAAUUGGGCAUUAGAGCCAUGCCCACGUUUCAUCUGUACAAGAAUGGGAACAAAGUCAAGGAUCUCCAAGGAGCGGAUCAAAAGGGUUUGAUCGAGCUCUUUGAGGUUGGAGCUGGCGCAUGA